AGAAGCAGUCAGUGUCCUGUACAUCUAAGUGCCUCUAGGUAGCAGACUAGUAGCUGGAAACAUGGGGGAUGUCUACAUCCGACAUAUUGAACUUCUGGGCUUCGAAAAGAGAUUUUACCCAAGCCAACACUAUGUUUAUAUGUUCUUGGUGAAAUGGCAAGAUCUCACAGAAAAAGUUGUGUAUCGGAAGUUCACUGAGAUAUAUGAAUUUCACAAAGCUCUAAAAGAGAUGUUUCCAAUUGAAUCUGGGGAUAUCAACAUUGAGAAUCGGAUCAUCCCUCACUUGCCAGCCCCGAGGUGGUUCGACAGCCAACGGUCAACCCACAACCGGCAAAGCACGCUGUCGGAAUACUGCAGUGCCCUGCUCAACUUGCCCCGCAAAAUCUCCCGUUGUGCACACGUCCUGAACUUCUUCAAGGUCAGGAAGGAUGAUCUGAACCCACCUGCCGCGAGCCAGUUCAAGAAGCCAGAAGCCUUUUUAAUACCAAAGGACUCCAAGAAAGGUGCAGCAGACAUCACGGGGCCCAUCAUCCUCCAGACGUAUCGAGCGAUUGCCGAUUACGAGAAAAAUUCCACCACCGAGAUGGGGGUAAAGAUGGGUGAUGCUGUGGACGUGGUGGAGAAAAGUGAAAGCGGCUGGUGGUUCUGUCAACUAAAGAAUAAGCGAGGCUGGGUCCCGGCUGCCUACCUAGAACCUAUGGAUGGUCCAGAUGAGUCUGAAGAGCAGGAACCCAACUAUGCAGGUGAACUCCAUGUUGUCCGCAAAGCCUACACAGCCGCCCAGGAAGAUGAGAUCACGCUGAAGGAAGGCGAAACCAUUGAAGUGAUCCAUAAAUUGCUCGACGGUUGGUGGGUUGUCAGGAAAGAUGAAACCACAGGCUAUUACCCUUCUAUGUAUCUGCAAAAAUCUGGGGAAGAAAACACAUCGGAGAAGAAUCAGCUGAGGAACAGAGAAGCACCACCCAGAAGAUCCACCAUCCGGAACAUCAAGAGCAUUCACAACCAGAACCGCAAGCAGAUCAGCCAGGACACCUACAGGAGGAACAGUGUGAAGUACAUGCAAAGCAGAAGGAAACUGAAGAACAACUUCCUGAACAAAAGCAGCACUAUCGUGGAGGAGGAACGAGAGCCACAGCCCGCCAUCCCCCCAAGACCCAGCAAGGACUUGAUCCUGAUCCGCUGCUCAGAGAGCACCAAGAGCAAAAUCAAAUGAAGGGAGCAGCGGCUGCAUAGCUUCCUUUUUUGCCCACGGAAAAACGAUGGCCACAAUGGAAUCCAUAAUGUUCUUGGCUCAUUUAACAGUAUAGUCCAGAACAUUGCAUCUACUCUUUUGGGUUUUCAGUAAUGUGUGUAACUUCUUUUUCCAUUUGGUAACAUUAAUAUAAAUCAGCGCGAGAGUCACUCAGUAUGACCUGUCUGGAUUGUGCUAGUCUUUGAGGGUUCUUUUCCCCUCUUGUGUUUAUAUCUGGAAAACCCUGUGGACCAGUGACUUGUUUGGGCUCUAGUAGCAUCAUAUAGUCUUACUGCUUAUGUAGAGUGAUCGAGGCAUGAAUGUCUUGAGUUUUCAUUGAAUGGUGCAGGAACUGAUGCUGCUCGACAAUACAUAGGCCUGACUUAUCCAUUAGGCAGAGUAGGCCCAGUGCCUAGGCCAGGCCCACGAUGCUUUUAGGGGCUCACAAAAAUGUUUUAAUUUCUUUUAAAGCCAGAAAAGGAAAAAAAAACCCACCUUAACUUUUAGGGUCAAAGAAAAUGUUUUAAGUUUUUUCUAACAUAAAAAAAAAA